AUGCUUCUUUCAUGUCAAAAUCACACUCUUUACCUUCCUUAUUCUUCCACCCAUUCCUCAAAGAACUCAAAACCCAACAUUAUCUUCAAUUGCCAAACCCCAAACGACCAAAACCAACCCAUUCCCAGAAGACACAAUGCAAAAUCCACUUCAUUUCUCAUCCACCACCUUUCACGCAAAAACAGCGACAAUCAUCAACCUUCACCCACCGAGCUACAAGACCCAACACCGCACGAAGAAAAAGUGAAGCUUUUAGAACUUUCCUUAGUAAGGAAAAGAACCCCACAAUUUCCUGGUUCAAUUUAUGCUCAAUCCCCUAGUGACCCUGAUGUGAGUUCUUCUCUUCCUCCUCUUCGUACCCUUUUUAGAUCGCGUGAUGACGAAGAAGAGGUCUUGAUCAUGAAAGCUCUUGAAAUUCGUAGGAAGGUUACUCAAGAGGUUUUCAAAGAACAAAUGAAAAAGGGUAAAUUUGGAAUUACUUAUACAGACAAUUUGGUUUCUAGGUUGGGUGGUUUUCUUGAUUAUGUUAUGAUUGAAGCUGCUAAUUUGAAAAGAUUGCCUCAAUAUUCUCACUCCACUUUCAAUUUACGCGCCAAAACUGUUAUUGAAGAUUCCCAAGUUGUGCCACUUAUUAGAUGGUUGAAGCAUAAUUCUCUAUCGUAUCCUCAAAUAGCUAAGCUCAUUUUGAUGUCAAGGGGUAAACUUGAGUCCAUAAGAAACCGUAUUGAGUGGUUGAAGUCAGUGCAUGUUAAGGGAGACUUUAUUGGGGAUGCAAUGUUGAAGAGUGGAGAUAAUGUUUUGCUGCGGAGUGAUCAGGAGCUUGAUGAGAUUGUUGACUGUUUAGAGUCCAAUGGUGUAAGGAUGGAAUGGAUGGGUUAUGUUGUGAGUCGGUGUCCGAAGUUGUUAUCGUACAGCUUGGAAGAAGUGAAGAUCCGUGUGCAGUUUUAUCUGGAUAUGGGUUUAGAUGACAAGGAUUUUGGCACCAUGGUUUUCGAUUUUCCUAAAGCACUCGGUAACUAUACUCUGGAAGAAAUGAAGCGAAAGGUUGAUUACUUGAAAGAAUUCGGGCUUGAUAAUAAGGAUGUCGGUAAGUUGCUUGCAUUUAGGCCACAAUUAAUGGCGUGCAGCAUUGAAGAACAAUGGAAACCUCUUGUUAAGUAUCUGUACUAUUAUGGGAUUACUCGAGAUGGGAUGAAGAGAAUGCUUACCAUUAAACCAAUGGUCUUUUGUGUUGACUUGGAGAUGACUAUUGUGCCAAAGGUAAAGUUUUUUCAGGACCUAGGGGUUCGAAAUGACGGGAUUGCUAACAUGCUUGUAAAAUUUCCUACUCUACUCACUUACAGCCUUUACAAGAAGAUUAGACCUGUGGUCAUAUUCUUGAUGACCAAGGCUGGAGUCACUGAAGAAUCUAUUGGAAAGGUCGUAGCUCUUGGACCUCAGCUCUUAGGGUGCAGCAUAGUACAUAAGCUCGAAGUAAAUGUAAAAUAUCAUUUGUCUCUUGGCAUUCGUCUUCGGCAACUGGGUGAAAUGGUUGCUGAUUUCCCAAUGCUGCUGAGAUACAAUAUAGAUGUUCUUCGUCCUAAGUAUAUAUAUUUGCGGAGAACCAUGGUCCGAACUUUGCAAGACCUUAUUGAGUUUCCAAGGUUUUUCAGCUAUUCUCUCGAGGGUCGAAUAAUUCCAAGACACAAGGUUCUGGUGGAGAAUCAGAUUAAUGUCAAGCUAAAAAGCAUGUUAGCUUGUACAGAUGAAGAGUUUAACAAAAUGGUCAACAAUAUGAUUCGAAAACGUCAAAAUUUUGAAUCUACUGUCACAAAGGGGAAUACUCCGCAUCCCCAGUAUCUCGUUACUGGGGAUAUUACAAACACCCCUGAUGUAAAAAGCAAAACAGAUAGCUCUGUGGGAAACAGAACGUGA